GACUAAUGUGAGGGGGGAUGCAGCAGAAGCAAGCCACAGAAACAUUAGGAAGCAGAUUAAUGCAAAUUAAAUCAGCCCGUUACCGUUUUUGUUUAGCAGCUGAUGUUCGGGCCUCUUGAAAAGCAAUGUCCGUGGAGGAUAGCGGGUGUCAUCCUUAUUUCAUCCAGCUCCUUCCGGUCAGGGACUGCGCCUUGCCAGGCGGCGCAUUGAGCGAGAGCACACCGGCACUGAGUAGUGCAACGGCCUCGCAACCCGAGUUGCCGCCGCGAAACCGUCGAGGGUCGGGGGAAGGGGAAGGAGCGGCAUUGUGUACGGAACGGACUGUCGGCUGCAACGGUGCUGGGGCAGGAGGAUAG